AUGUUUGCGGAGGAAAUUUGUAUUGAGCGUUCAAGAUUUCCGCGCUUCCACAAGACGUUGACAAUUCAAACAGACGGCUCACUCAACGAGAGAGAAUUUGAGUUUGCUGUUCCACCGCUAAUGGUGUUAUUUCAUGAUCGACUUUCGGCCCACCGUCAGCGCCAGUUGGAACUGGCAAAAAUAGGGAAGUUGCGCAAGGAACGGAGUUGGGAGACGAAAGUAGUUGGAGAGGAAUCCCUCAACCCAGUGUGCAACACUCUCGUGUUUCCUUAUUGUGUUCCCAAGACGAUGUUGAAGAGACCGAGGCUGACUGAUCCACUGAGUGCCAGGUCAGUCGUUCAGGACGGGAGUUCAGUGGAUCAUUAG